CCAGACGUUCGAUGAAUUUCUUUCAUUUUUAUUUUGAUGCUCGUCCAAUUUAGUUUGAUUGAAAAUUAUUGCUACAAGCACAUAAGUUGUUAAAUCGAUUAGUGUGGUGAUUUAGAUUAGAUUCUAACGCUGAUAAAUUACACGUAGUGAGAGAAUGUUGUGUUCCACUGAGAAUCAGUGACGACAACAAAGUGCAGCCGUGUUUAAAAAAUAAUUCUGAAAAUUUUAUCAAUCAAAAAGAUCAGAGUGGGAUGUGUUUUACCGAAGUGCGAAGAAACGGAUCAGAACAAUAACAAAGACCACCAAAUGCGUUGUUGUUGAUACUCAUCAGAGCAGAGUACUGUUCAGAAGUAUAGUGUAAAUAGAUACUGCCAUAGUUGUCCGUUCCUAUCGGUUUGUGCAAUACUGCUUCACUCCGCUCCCACAUAAGGUCAUCGCGUAGGUGUCUUUGUUUAUAUCAACCGCUGGAAGAUUGGUGCAAGGGACGGCCAAAAUCAGCCUUGGACGGUGACUGAAUGACUGAUCGUCAAAUAGGUGUAUAAAAAAAAAUACGCAGCUCUAUCGAUGCAGACAGAAUUGAUGUAAUAACUCCUUCGUACUUCAAGCUUGUCGGAAACAUACGUCUUGUACAGUGCAACAUGGGAAACGUGGUGAAUAAAAUAUCCAGCCCUAUACAGGCGAUGCGAGGCCGAAAGCGCAAACGGGAUGAUGACGAUUCGGAUGGUAACGAGGAAAAUGCUGAUCUUCUGGAUAAAUCAUUGGCCACUCCCAAGCGAAAAAAGCUGAUCUCAACGGCAAAGUACAUCUACCAAGCGUUGUUCAAGGAGGAACGCAACUCGGACAUCACGGUGCACGCUUUGGGUAAGGUGUGGCACCUGCACAAGGUAUAUCUAAGCCAGAGUCCGUACUUCUCAAGCAUGUUUAACGGAUCUUGGCGGGAAGCGGACGAGGAUUAUGUUCAUAUCGAGAUAAUUGAUCCCAAGGUUACCAUUGAAUCGUUAUUCUCGGUUUUUGGGUCACUUUAUAUGGACGAGGUGGUGCUAGAGCCGAGGGAAAUUGUUUCCAUUCUAGCUACGGCAACACUUUUUCAGCUGGAUAGCUUGAUAGAUCGAUGUGCAGAAGUGAUGAUCGAAACUACCAACGCAGAGACUGCGGUCAAGUACUAUGAAGCAGCAUGCGAGUAUGGUGUGAAAACCGUCAAACAAUCCACAUUCAACUGGUUGCUGGUGAAUCUGCUCAGUUUGUACUACAAAACGGGGAAGUGGUUGCGGUUGAUUAGCAUCGAGCUGAUGGAACUGUUGGUCGCAAGUUCCGACCUGUACGUUAUGCAAACGGAGUUGUCCCUCUACACUCUUCUUAGAUUUUGGAUGUUUUUGAAGCUUAACGUAACGAGUGACUCCGAUUGUGAGAAAAUUUCAUCUUCCGAUGAGCAAAUGCAGUAUUUCGCACAAAGACAGAGUUCGGUACCGUUUUUGAGUACGGUAAAAGGAAAACCGUUCGAAAAAAGUUUUCGAGCAUUGAGGUUGCACAAUUUGCUGAACCAUCAUGUAGAUAUUAAGGUACUGAAACAGGAUAACAUCAUUCCAUGGGACUGGUUGAACGAACCAUUGUUCCAACAGUGGAAUAGUAUGUUACUCAUUGAUCAAUCGCUGGACAAAGGUCCCAAGGAGGUAGAUGACAGGCUGUUUCUGGAAACCUGCAUACGAUGUGGCAGAACGUUACCCGAAAACGAAUAUCUCAAGUGGCGUUGGACCGGAUUCAACUUCGGCUUGGACUUGAUACUAAUAUCGGAUACGAAAACCAUACGAGUAAAGCGACACCACCGGACGGAAAAUGAACGACUGUUAAGCCUGCAGGUGAAGCGACAGUUUCUUAUCAGGGUAUCUGUGGCCUCUCUCAACGAACUACGGCAAAUCAAACAUCAGCAAACAUCACCCAUUCAGUCGAUUGCGUUGGAUAAGAACGAGGAAGCCAUGUUGAUCAUGUUUGAUAAGGAACUUACAUACCCACUGCUGAUAUCCGUCAAUAUGCUAGUGGUUUCGCCCACUAGGAAGAAUGUUAAUAGUACUGUUAUUGGAUCACCGACGGCUGGUCCGUCAAAUUCCAGUGGACAACAGUCUAAGGGAUCACGAGAACCGGUUGUCGAUGAAGAAUCACUGGAUGCUAGUGGCAACAACACAGUGAUGGAUUCCUGAUUGCGACCGAUUGUGACAGUCAAAGGAUUUUGAUGUUCCAGGAAGCUAUGCUUAAUGCUUAAUUACAUCGACGAACUCCCUCAGCGUUCGUGUCAGCUGUUUAGAACAGACCUUACAGCACGUUUCUUAUCGGUCAUCGUCGGACACGUAACGCACUCAGAUAACACCGUUCGCUAGUAGGUACUAUUUAUCGUUUCAUAUAAUAUCAAAGCAGUGUUAAAGCCAUGUGAAAUAUAGUAGGUAUGUUCGUCAAUCCGGUCAAUUCGUUCGAUUGAUCAGCAGGUUAAUAAUUCUAAUUCGCCGGCUCGAUUCCGGAGCAGAUUCGAUGUGCCAUUUUGCGCUGUGCCGUCAGGCCGCUUUCAUGAAGUGUCUUAUAUUGCCGGCAGUCCUGCUUAUUUAGCUGUUUGCGGUAGAAGGGCUCGAUUUUUUUUGAACGGUUGGAAGGACUAUUUUUUCGAAUUGAAUAGGAUGUAGUUCUUGUUUUAUAUUACAGAUAUAUUGAGAACAUUUCGAUAUUAAAUAUCUUCUAGUGCGUAACAAAUAAUUUGGAUCGCGUAAUUUGCUUUGAGAAGUAAAUCUAAUAUGUAAUAAUUAACUCUUAAUAUUAUGGUUAUUUUUUCUUGAAUUUUCGAAAAUGAUUCUCUGUCAGCUCAUCGUAGAAUUUCAUCAUGCUGUCAAAACCAAACUCAAAAGUUUUCCAUACUCUUCAUCGGUUUGUUACAAUUGCACUAACUUUGAUAAGCCUGGGGAAAAGUGCAACAGCCAGUUGGUAUCUACUCAUGGUCAUAUAGAUUCAGUCAAUUUGCACUGUGAUGACCCUAAUUAGUUGUAUAUUUACAGUCACAUGCAAAACUUUCUUAUGCGUUAAAAAUCAGAAAAAGAAAACGAAAAUACAUAUUCAAACACUUAAAACCUGUAUUAUUUAUUACUGGUUUGCAUAGAAAUAAUACAAAAAAAACUUGAAACAUGUGAGUAUAAGAGCAUUCUCAAGCACAACAUCUGUGUUGAAACAUUAGUCCUUCCACUUUUGAUUAAUUUUUCACAAUCCUAGAAGUUAUGCAAAUAAGCAAAUCUAAUCGACAUAAGUUAUAGUCCCUAAAUUGCGAAACGAACUUAAUUCUCGUCACUAAAAUAAUCUUAAAAGUAAGUGUAAAACAUUAACAUUGACACGAAACUAAGCUGAAGUGAUGUUCAACGCCUUUGUGUUAACUUUAUGUCUUCUGUAAAAAUAAUAACAAUUAGUAAGUUAAGAUAGUCCAUAUUUUUUAUAUUUCUUUUUUUUUCAGUGCUGAAAUAUAAUGUUUUGUAUUGCAGUCGGUAACCGGUA